UUAAAAAUGCCUAAAGAAUAUACGCAAAGAGGUAUAUAGCAUGUUAUUAUACCAAUUCUAAAUAUGGGUGAAUCAGUAUAAUUUAAUGCUUCGGGGGUUUUCUUAACAAAUGGCUCGUUAUGUGGAAGAUCGAUAAGCGGAAAAUCCACUUGUGGCGGUGACUCCGAUGGCCCCUUGGUUACACACUCUGAUCGCACCUUGUUUGGUAUAGCAUCAUUUUUCUCUGGAGCUGGCUGCAUGUAUGAUGACCCAGCUGGUUUCACUAGAAUUACGGCUCACUUGGACUGGAUACGAAAAAGCUCUGUCUGGAGUUCCUUACUAAGAAACUAAACAUCAUCACAUAGACAAAGUGUAAAACUAAUAAAGGUGGAUUCUAUACAAACAUAGUUUGUAGAUAUGUCUUAAGCUUAACUGAUAAACAGUGAACCAUUAUCUUGUAUUUCAAUAGCUUAUUUCUUUUAUCAUAAUAUAUAUUAUCAUCAGACAAUUCUAAACGAUGACGUAGUUAAUUCCUGACACAGACUAUAUAAGAUCGUAGCUGCUAACGAUCAAUCACAUUCUACUCAAGUAUGACAGCUCUCGUGUUACUGCUUUCAUUGGUUUUUGCCGCUGCUUUUGCAAACAACAAUCAGACCACGACAAAGAUCUCACUAGAGGAUCUGCCCGUCGGUACUUUUAUUACCAAUGGCUAUCCUGCCCCCGAGGGCAAGGCACCUUACAUCGUCAGUCUGCUGAUCAGAACUGAUAACAGCAAUAGUGCUGCAAUAGGCAGUGGCAUCAUCAUCGGCAACACUUGGGUCCUGACAGCAGCUCAUUGUCUAACCACGGACUAUGUGGACAUUCAUUAUGGCUCCACUUGGCGAGUCAAUGGCCAGUAUCAUCACAGUGUUCGAAAGGAGAACUUCAUUCGCCACCAUCUCUGGCCCGAUACCAAUGGCAAUGACAUUGGCCUGAUUCGCACUCCGCACGUUGACUUUACGCCAACAGUCAACAAGGUCAACCUGCCCAGUUUCAGUCAACAGAACGAACUCUUCGAGAACUGGUGGGCAGUAGCUUGUGGCUGGGGAGGACAGGCCAAUGGACAAUUGGCUGACUGGCUGCAGUGUGUCGAUCUACAAAUCAUGAGCAACAACGAGUGCUCAAAGACCUAUGGCAAUCUACCAAACGGCAUACUGUGUGUGGGCACACCUGAUGGAAAAUCCACCUGCGGUGGCGACUCCGGUGGCCCGUUGGUGACGCACGAUAAUCCCAUUCUAGUGGGCGUAACAUCUUUUGGUUCGGCAGAGGGCUGCACAGUCGGACACCCAGCUGGUUUUACCCGCGUGACCGCUCACUUGGACUGGAUACGUGAACACUCCGGAAUCGCUUACUAAUCAACUCCAAUU